CAGUUCAUCUUCUCCAUUGUUGAAGCACACAGCAAAGCUCAUUACAAAUGGCUGCUCUUUUAGUCAUCUUCCUCCUUGCAGCUUCCAUAUUCCGAUCUUCCCAUGCCGCCGGAAUCGCCGUCUAUUGGGGCCAAAACGGCAACGAGGGCCCUCUUGCCUCCACUUGUGCCACCGGAAACUACCAAUUCGUCAACAUCGCAUUUCUCUCCUCCUUCGGCAGCGGCCGAGCUCCGGUACUCAACCUUGCUGGCCACUGCAACCCCAACAACGGCGGCUGCACCUUCUUAAGCAGCCAAAUCAAAGCCUGCCAACGUCGCGGCAUCAAAGUCCUCCUCUCCAUCGGCGGCGGAGCCGGAAGCUACUCGCUCUCCUCCGCCGACGAUGCAAGCCAAGUCGCAAAUUUCAUCUGGAACAACUUCCUCGGUGGCCGGUCGAGAUCAAGGCCACUCGGCGAUGCCGUUUUAGACGGCGUCGAUUUCGAUAUAGAAACUGGCUCUGGGAAAUUCUGGGACGUACUUGCUCGACGACUUAAGGGGUUCAGCCGAGUCCUUCUCGCCGCCGCGCCGCAAUGUCCGAUCCCCGACGCUCACUUGGACGCAGCCAUUAAAACCGGUCUGUUUAAUUUCGUUUGGGUUCAAUUCUACAAUAACCCGUCAUGCAUGUUUGCAAAUGGCAACGCUAAUAAUCUCCUGAAUUCUUGGAACCGGUGGAAGACGUUUCCGGUUGGGAAGCUGUUCAUGGGGCUUCCGGCGGCACCUUCGGCGGCGCCGAGCGGUGGUUUUAUUCCGGCGAACGUGCUUAUUUCUCGAGUUCUUCCGAGGAUUAAAACUUCUCCCAAGUACGGAGGAGUUAUGCUGUGGAGCAAAGCAUUUGAUAAAGGCUACAGUAACGCAAUCAAAGGCAAACUUUGAAUAAUUACUUAAUUUUAAGUAAAAAGCCAUAAAUAAGUAAAAUAAUAAAUGAAAAAUGGGAUUUCUUUCCCCUUUUUUU